AUGGCAUCUCCUGAACUUGAAGAACUCUACCAGAAACUUCAACAUGUUACGAAAAUCACUCCAAAUUAUGCUCAAGUCCCGGUCGAGUUAGGGUUUAAUUGGGAUGAAAUAGCAGAAUCUGCUAAAGACGUUGAAGGGGAAUUUUAUUUAGUGGCAUUUAGAUCUACUCGUAGGGCUGACGCCGAUAAUAAAUUGCUAUACGAGGCUGAUGAUAAAGCUUAUGAUGAAGCAAAACUUAGUGAUGGAUUUGUUAAGUACUGGUGUGGAGAAUUGAACGAACGUCGAGAGUGUUUGUCGUUUUGCAUUUGGGCAAAUCACGAUUGCGCUCGAAAAUCGGCAUCGAAACCACAUCAUGCAGUUGCCAUUAACUUGGCCGCUA